AUUACGUCAAAAGGAAAAGAUUUAAAAAAAAAACCCCAGAAAAGCGAAAACUACUCUAAUAGCACAGUUGAGGAAACAAAGAAUUCGCGGGGAAAAUGGAAGAAUCAUUGUCAGCUGUCGCGGGUGAUCAGAGAGAUGAAUCAACAGGACAGGAAGUUACGAUGAGGGAACGAGACAUGGAUCAAAAGUCCACGUCUCCAGAGGCUGAAGUAGAAGCCCGUGGACUCGACGGUAGCGAAUCAAGGCCGCUGUUGAACAAAAGCGAUAUCUUGAAAGCAGUAGAGGUAGUUGAGAGAGACUCUCUGGCUAUCGCCGACAGCUUCUCUUCUCUCUUUGCUUCGCUUCGUAUGGCUCUCUCUGAGGUUACUAGCGGCUCGGUUGAUCAUAUGCGAUGCUUUGGUGAUGCAGCUGGGCGCCUUCAAGAAUCUGCCCUCGAUGCAGCGACGAAGGGAAAUCGUUAUAUAAAUUCAUGUCUCAGAUUAAAUGAGGAAAUGAAGGGCAUUGACGCUCUAGCUUCACAGCUAAAAAUUCUGAGGAGGAAUGUAGACGCCCUAGACACGGCUGUGAACAAGCUCUUACGACCGUCAUGAUUCAUGGGGAUGAGCUGCUCAAAGAGGUCUUUGGUUUUUGUCUUAUGUGUUUGUGCAGGACCAAUUUUUACCUUGAACUAUUGGAAUGCCUAAUAUUAAUCAAAGCCUGUUUUAAACUUAAAAAACCGAGUGUACCGGUAAAUUAGAUUGUCAAAAGUAAGCACAAACUAAUCCAUAUAACUUAC